AUGAACAAUAUUGAUCAGGCUCUGAUAAAAAUCGCCAGGGUAGAAAAGGUGCUCAAGAAAUCUCAAGACUUCCAUUCUAUCCCGGAUAUUGAAGAUAGUUAUACCGAGGCCUCUGCCAGGUUACCGAAAAAGUUCAAAAUGCCUCACAUUGAUAGAUUUGAUGGUAGUGUGGAUCUUAUUGUUCAUGUUCGCCUGUCCUCGGAUGUUCUGAGACCAAUGGGCCUGACUCUGGCUCAGAAAAUGUCAUUGUUCAGAAGAACUUUAUUGGACAUGAUAGCUAUCUGGUACACUAAACUGGAGGAUUCUACUAAGCAGAAUUGGGAAGAACUAUCUGAUGGGUUUGUUAAUCAAUACUCCUACAAUACUCAGAUAGAAGUAACAAUCAACGAGCUGGAAGAAACCACUCAGAAUCCCAAGGAACCCUUCAUUGAUUUUGUUGCAAGAUGGAGUGCAAAGACAACCAAAAUGAUAGACAGGCCCUCAGAAAGGGAACAAGUCCGAUUGCCAAAGCCUAUAGUCAUACUACCAGACUCCCUCAGCAUCAACGCCAUUGGGGAAGAUGAGCUAGGGAAAAAUCUGAAUGAUUGGCCUGAACAAGGCCUUAAUGACCUGGCAGAAUUGGAAGAAGACCUGGUUAAACUAGAGGAAGAUUUGCAAAACCUCUACUUCUUCAAAGAAGAGGAUGUGGGUAGCAUACAGAUUGGGGGAUCCAAGCCAACCUGA